UAUAAUGUUCGGGGUAUUUUUGAACACUAAAAAAGUUGCAACAAUGCUUGUGAAAUCGGUGAUGUUGAAAAGAAACUUGAAGUUCAGUUUGCCGUGGUUAGGAAAAUUUUUGAUACAUUACUCGUAUUUUUAUAAUUAUGUAAUUUUCUUUUGGCGAUAUCUGGAAAAUGGUGGUGUUCGAAAAUUGGAAAGGUGGCAAGAGAGGGAGAAAGAAAAGAAGGAGAAAGUAAGGGAUCUCCCACCCUCUACAAUAUUUUCCACCGUUCGUGGGGAGACCCCUUCUUUCUUUCAUUAUGAAAUCAUAUAUAAAAGAACAAAUUAGUAGUGUGCACUUCAUCACAAACACUUUGUUACUAAAUGAAUCCUACUAAAUGGUUUUGCGCCUUUGACAGAGGGAUAUAAUUGAGGGAUGAACAACAACUAUUUAUAGUAUCUGGAGGCUCAUCGAGCACUAGCGAGAAAGCCGCUUCAAUGUUAUGCGCCGUCUAGUGGUGACGAGUGUAUAUAGGAAUGAGGCGCCACAUCAGCCCCUUUUUCAACCACCAUCGCCAUCUUUAACAGUUGCCGUCAAAAAUGCAUUCUGUUUUCAUGCGUGGCAAUGCUAUUUUAGCAUAUACAUUAAGUGUUUCGGCGUGUUUAACGUUUUGUUGUUUUCUAUCUACCGUAUUUAUUGAUUAUAGAGCAAAUGCAACAUUAAAUACUGUCAAAGUAGUAGUCAAAAAUGUUCCAGAUUAUAGUGCUUCAAGAGAAAAAAAUGAUUUGGGUUAUUUAACAUUUGACUUACAAACUGAUCUCACUCAGUUAUUUAAUUGGAAUGUUAAACAAUUAUUUUUAUAUCUCACUGCUGAAUAUCAGACAGAAAAUAAUGAAUUCAAUCAGGUAGUGUUAUGGGAUAAAAUAGUACUCCGUGGAGAUAAUGCUGUACUUGAUUUUAAAAAUAUGAAUACGAAGUAUUACUUCUGGGAUGAUGGUAAUGGAUUAAGAGGAAAUAAAAACGUAACAUUAACUUUAUCAUGGAAUAUUAUACCAAAUGCUGGACUUUUACCAAGUGUCAAUGCCCUUGGUUCUCAUACAUUUGCAUUUCCAUCUGAAUAUACCUCAUUACGUGUAUAACAUACAUUUAUAUAUGUGAUAAAUUUAUAUUCGUUAUUUUA